UCAGGAGAGAGAGCGGUUUACUCUGGCUCACCCGUAAAAUACACAGGGGCACCUCCCUGAGAAACCAAAUGAAAACUCGAUUCAAACACGACUCCUCGUUUUGUGGAGAAAGAACGCCAUUCGGACAACUAUAUGAUGAAAAGAUACUUGGCUUAUUGAAGAAUUCCCAAUUUGAUUCAUUCCAGAGACAAUGAUAUUUAGCAUUCAGUCUCUUUUGAGAAUCUGGUGUCCAGUGAAAAUGGGAAUGCAGAGGCAGCUCCAGUGUUUCUUUCUUGUGGGAUCAGUAUUUGUCAUAUUCUUCAUAAUCAUUUGCUGGGAUGAGAUGAGAGAUGGGACUUUUUACCUACACACGGCUUCAUCACAAGAUCUCACACACCUGAAACAGCGUCAAGCACAUCGUAGACGUUUUAUAAGAGAGCUUUGCUCGGCCAAAAGCAGCCUGAACUUUACAGAGAAAUUAAUCACAUUUGACCAGAUUCCAAACAAAGCACUGGACCAUCUCAUUGUGGAUGAUCAUCAUGGUGUUAUUUACUGUUUUGUACCGAAGGUAGCAUGUACCAACUGGAAACGAGUCAUGAUUGUGCUCAGCCAGAACCUGAAGGCACCAAAUGGAGCUCCAUAUCUGGAUCCUCUUGACAUACCAUUGACGGUAAUCCAUAAUUCUACAAUACAUAAGACGUUUAACAAGCUUUGGAGGCGCUUUGGUCGUUUCUCACGUCCUUUAAUGCAUCACAAACUAAAGAAUUACACCAAGUUUCUUUUUGUACGGGAUCCUUUUGUACGACUUAUUUCUGCUUUCCGGGACAAAUUUGCUAAACCAGAUGAGUAUUUCUACAGAAAGUAUGGCUCCACAAUGCUUCAGCGUUAUGCUAAUAUUUCAACCCCCCCUGACUCCGCUCAAGAGGCCUUCGCCGCAGGUAUCAGACUGUCCUUUACUCACUUUAUUCAGUACCUGUUAGAUCCACAGACUGAGAAGGAGAAGCCAUUCAAUGAACACUGGCAGCAGAUGUACAGACUCUGCCAUCCGUGCCAAAUUGACUAUGAUUUUGUUGGGAAGCUGGAAACUCUUGAUGAGGAUACAGAACAUUUGUUGAAGAUUCUUGGGCUGGAAAAAUAUAUUCACUUUCCCCCCGGGUACAAGGAUAGGACAUCAGUAGACUGGGAGCGAGACUGGUUUGGAAACAUUUCCAUAGCUGACAGGAGAAAACUCUACAAUCUUUAUGAAACAGACUUUAGAUUAUUUGAAUACGAGAAACCUGAGACACUUCUGGACGAGUCAUGAGUAUGGCUAAUUGCUUUUGCAUUUCCUUAAUACCUCAUGCAAAUAGAAACAAGAGAAAUUAUGCUGAUUCCCAUGAAACCUGUCAAGAACAUAUCUUGGUCAUAUUUAAAUUGAAUGUAAGUUAUUUUAUUUUUUUUUAGUUUUUUUUUUAGUUUUUUUUUGCUAUUUAUUUCAGAAAGUUGGUCCAAUGUCAAAAUGAAGCCAGCAUAUAAGCAGGUUGAGGAUGCAUUGUCAAUGAUUUGCUAAUGUUUUCAUCAUACAUGGCAACAAAAGGAGUUUGGUUACAUACUUAACUACUUUGAGGCAUGAUGGAAUCUAUUUUUUUUUUUUUUUUUUUUUUUUUUUUUGGUGCUAAAUAAAUUUAGACUCCUGUUUUAUGAUCCUAAUCUUUUUUUUCCCUCUACACUGUAAAAAUAAAAGGUGCCUGUAGGAACCUUUUGGGGUUCUUCACUUUGCCACACCGGCGGAACCGUCUGUAGAUCCUCUAGGCACCCUUUCAAAAGGGCUGGUUCUCUGAGGAACCACCCAGGUUUCCUGAGGAACCAUAUAUGAAGCAUUGUGUGGAACCGCUUUGGGUGCCUCCAGGAACUUUUUAAAUUAUUAAUUUAUUUUCAUGUUGGUACUAUGGCUACCCUUAACUUCUAUUAUAAUAAAUAAAUUGAAAGACUGCAAAUGCAAAAUGCAAAAUAAAAACUGUUUAUUGCA